AUGGAUAGCGGCGACGGCACGUUGGGCGGCGGCAGCAAGAGUCUCGCCGUGAGGCAGUGCUGGUCUGGGUCGUCGCUGGGCCGGCGACAACGAGAGGCUGUCGUCGAAAGCAGGCAAAGGGUGUCUCUGCUAGUGGAGGAGGGUUUCCCCAUGGCCAGACAGGUUGGCGCUCUACUCAUCAGUGAAGGAAACGAGAGGUUGUGA